UUUUGUUUUUCAUUCAAUUUUUACAUCCACAAAAAUAAAUCCAUGCAAAAUUCAAUUAUUGUAAUGAAAAUUGUGAGAGUUGCAGUCGAAGAGGGAGAACAGAACAUAAUAGAAAGAGAAGUCGAGAUUUCCUUAGUGUGGUACAAGCCCUUUAUUUUUUAUUGGUUGGAAUUUCUAGAGAUAUAACAAAUUAACUAGAGCUAUUAGUUUCUAAUGAAAAUUAAUUAUAAUGUGUUGAGUUUACCAACUAUUAUGAAGGGCACUAGUUAGAUUUAUAUUGAACUUCGACCUUCAUAAUGUUUUUUAAGUGAUAACGUAAGCAUAGUCAAUGGAUUUCAAUCGAAAUGUGUAAUGGAGAAUUUUAUAAGCGACGCUGGAGAGUGUGCUGCAAUAAAUCUUUAAGUAAUAAAAUAUAUAAAACGAAAAAAUACAGGAAGUUCAACAAUUUGAUUUUUAAAUCCUCAAUUCCAUGAAUUUUUUCGUUGAUAUUGUUUCGGUCCGAUUCCAUGGAGUUCGUGGUUAUCGAUCAAACAAGACAUUAAUAACUAACCAUGACUGAAAAAAUUGAAAAUAUCACCCUGAAAUCACUGAAAAAUUUAUCAAAUGCGAAUAAAGAAUUGACAUUGAGUGCACGUGAAGAAUCUGUGAAUGAAUCAAAAAUACAAGAUGUGACCGACCUCUCGUACGAAGAUCUGAAGAUAUCUCUGAGUCGUGCGAAGGAAGAGGCUGUGGAGCCUUUUACCUUUCUCAACAACAUCUCAGACGAAUUACAGGCAUCAUAUGUCGUGCCAAGGGACACUGAUAUCGACAUUCAACUGGCAGCCCUCUCUCAACGAAUUGAACUGAACAAAUCUCUUCUAGAGAAGACAAAUGCUCGUAUAAAAAGAAUUAAUUCCUCUGAAGAUUUUUUCGGAGUUGAUGAGAUGACGGAUAUUCCAGCCCUUCCUCCUGGACCGAAUUCCGUGAGUGAAACCCUGCGAGCCUCGCUCUCAACGAUCGCCCAAGUCCAAGAAAUCAUCUCAAAAACCUCCGAAGCUUUGUAUUAAAAGUAAAGAACAAUAAAAUCUCCCA